CCUCCACUCCACUCGCCAGUGUCCGUCAACUAUUUACUCUCUGCAGAUACAGCGCGUUCUCCUCACGCGCUCGUAACAACAGCUUACCACCGCCCACCAUCAACACCCCACCAUAGCUUAGGUACCCCGCCGCGCAACAGCUCACACUUUGUAGACUGCGAGCAUCUUAGACGACACAUACAGCCACCAUGGCGCCCUCGUCGGUACCGCCAAACCCGACCGCCCACAAUGUCGCCCAGCUGCUACCGAAGCUCACCGAUGCAGACCCCGACUUUCGGUUCAUGGCGCUGAGCGACUUGCACGACACACUCGUCGUUGCUCACUCAGGAUUCCUACAGCAUGACGAAGUGACAUGCGCGAAGACAGUCGAGGGUCUUCUUGGCACACUUGUUGACACAAACGGCGAAGUGCAGAACCAGGCGGUCAAGUGCUUAGGGCCUUUCGUGAACAAGAUUCCGGAUAAGAUCCUGUGUCCUAUGAUCGAGAAGCUCUCCAACCUGCAGACAGACAGUGCCGUGGACCAGAGCAUACCUUCCCUAGCCCUCCGCGAAGUCGUCGUCUCGCUACCACGUCCCGUCGCUGGCGUUGCGCGAACAAAACCAAUCCUCGAUGCCUACAGCGCCAUCAGCAGGGUGCUCAUCCCACGCCUAGUGGGCUAUCAUGUCAUUCACCCGGCACAGCAGGGUCUGCCGAAGGUACCGCAGGGCAUGCUGCAGGUGGACCUUGAGAAGGGCACAGACAGCAACGCCAUCGACGUUCUGAUUGAGAUCGCGCGUUGCUUCGGGCCAUUGCUACAGGAUGUCGAGAUUCAGGCGCUGCAGAAGAUCACAUCUGAGAUUCUCGAGAACGAUCGUGCGAGCUCUAUGAUGAAGAAGAAGUCGGUCACAGCGAUUUCCACACUGGCAGGGUACUUCUCAGACCAAUUGCUGAGCAGCUUUCUGUCGCGCGUCAUUGAGCACCUUCGAGACGCUCACCUGGUCCGUAGCAAGCGGAAGCUCUACAUCACCAUCCUCGGCUCCAUGGCGAGGUCGAUCCCUCGCAAAUUCGGUCCCUACCUGAAGACACUGACGCCCUUCGUCCUGAGCGCAGUUAGCGAACAAGAACAAGAAGAUGACAUGGAUGUGUCCGACGACGAGGGUGAGCGUGACCCUGAAAUCGACGAGGUGCUAGAAGCUGCUCUUAUCGCGCUUGAAGGCUUUCUUGCCUCGUGUUCACAGGAUAUGCGCAUGUACACAGACGAGACGAUCGCCGCAGCCACACGUUUCUUGAAGUACGACCCGAACCUUGCACAAGACGAUGGCGAUGAUGAGGAUGCCAUGGAGAGUGACGAGGAAGACGCGCUCGAGGGCGACGACUUCGAAGAGGAGGCUGGUUAUGAUGACGACGAGGACGCCAGCUGGAAGGUCCGUAGGUGCGCAGCCAAAGUCCUAUACACUUUGAUCUCCACGAGAAGCAAUGGUGAUCUCAUGGACGAUGGGACGCUUUACAACAAGGUUGCCCCGGCUUUGAUUGCACGCUUCAAGGAGCGGGAAGACAACGUGCGUCUGGAAGUACUUGCAACACUGUCGAACCUGGUCAAGAAAUCAGGCGACGGACCCAGCCCUGUCAAGUUCUCCGAUGAACAUCCCCAAGGCGGGACGAUGAUGCCACCACCGAGUCGUAAGCGCCGUAGGGGUGGUAGUGACGCCAGCAUGCUCGACCUGCACGCCAACUCAUCAGUCUCAAUGGGCUACUCUUCUCCUGCACGAACGGGAACACCGCCAGUCGGUCCUCGUGCCAGCCUAGCUAAGCUCAGCCCUGAGAUCGUCAAGGGUGUAGCACAACUUCUCAAGCAGUCAUCUUGCCCGCCGUCCACUAAGCAGGCGUCGAUUGUUUUGAUCAAAGACAUUGUCAUCACCCAGCAAGGUGGUCUCGAGGGUUACUUGUCGCAGCUACUCGAGCCUGUGGUAGAAGCUUCCAAGACCAGCAGCGGUCUCACAAGCAGCGCAUCAGCAACGGCAAACAGCCUUCGCAUCCAGGCUCUGCAACUCAUCGGCGCCAUCGCCGAUACGCACCACGCGAAAGACAUUCAGCCAUACUUGUCGGCUAUCGUCCCUGCCCUCCUGAAGGGAGCAACAGAAAAGUACAGCAAGCUGUCUAUCGAGGCGCUUGCAGCAACUGAGCAGGUCAUCAAGGCACUCACACCUCCUCGAUCUGCGGCGUCAGGGGCACAGAACCAACAGUACUUGGAGCCGUUGUAUGACACACUGGUCAGUCGAAUCUCGGCGAACGACGCAGAUCUGGAGGUUCGCCAGAGCGCCAUUCACGUUCUUGGGUUGCUGCUCGGCCGCAGCUCUGGUACAGAAGGACUGCUGUCUUCACAAAAGCGAACGGCUGGUCUGGAGCUUUUGGCUGAUCGGCUGAAGAACGAGCUCACCCGUCUGGCAUCUGUCCGAGCCAUUGACUCGAUCGCGGCCCACACGAAAGCGCAGAACGAGCUGUCUGCGAAGUGGGUUCAAACCGUCGCCUUGGAACUGGGCGCACAGUUGCGCAAGGCCAGCCGUGUUCUUCGUGGUGCAAGCUUGAGCGCACUGAGGACCCUGGCGCUGAAUGAGCGGUCUAGGAGCCAGCUUGACAGCCAAACCAAGGCACAAAUUGUUGACCUGUUACUGCCACUCCUCAAUGCCUCUGAUCUUCACCUCCUCGGACCGGCGCUCAUCAUCCUAGCCACCUUCAUCCAGGACGAUGCCAUAUCGAUCCUGACUCCUGAACUCAACGGUGCGCUCUGUCAGGUGGUACAAGGUUCGAUCAGCGGGUCUUCUCUUGACGCGUUACUGAAGCUCGUCCGUACGAUCGGAGAGCAGCAGGCAGGCCAGGCUCUGAUGAAGUCGCUGCUCCAAGAUGUUGGCGUUGCCGGUCAUCCAGAGGUAGUUGGCAAGGUCGUUGGUAACCUACUUGUGUACGGUGGCGCCAGUGUUGGUGUCAAGCUUGACCAGUUCAUCACCGAGCUGGAAACAGCUCAAGACGACAAGCGAAAAUGCCUUGCACUAGUGGUGCUGGGUGAAGCAGCGCUUCGUCUCGGCAAACAGUCCACCGUCGAUCCCAACCUGUUCAUCAAGCACUUCUCCGUCAAGUCUGAGCAGGUGCCACUUGCAGCUGCUGUUGCUCUUGGGCGUGCUGGAGCUGGCAACGUCAGCCAGUAUGUUCCUGUCAUUCUGUCUACAAUGGGCAAGCACUCUGCGCCUCAGUAUCUUCAUCUGCACGCUAUCAAAGAGAUUCUGCAACACGACGACACCGAGUCCGAGAUCAUCCCAUACGCUUCUACACUGUGGCAGAAUCUUGUCGCUGCAUCCCAACUUGAAGACAAUAAGGCGAUUGGUGCAGAGUGUGUCGGCAGGCUUACUAUCAUCGACCCCAAAACGUACCUGCCUCAGCUUCAGGAAUUCCUGAACGACCGGAAAGCUGCUGUUCGCGGCAUGGUCAUCUCUGCGUUGCGAUACACACUUACCGAUACUGAUGAAGCCUACGAUGAGUAUCUCCGACCGAUCGUCGUCCCGAUGCUUGUGCAGAUGCUGAAUGAGGAGGAUCUGGACAACCGCCGCUUGGCCCUUACCACCUUCAACUCCGCCAUGCAUAACAAACCCGAGAUUAUCCUGCCCGCUUUGGACCAGCUCCUUCCUCUCGCCAUGAAGGAGACCCACGUCAAGCCCGAACUGAUUCGCGUGGUCCAAAUGGGUCCUUUCAAGCACAACGUCGACGACGGCCUUGAGAUCCGAAAGUCCGCAUACGAGACCUUGUACGCGCUCCUCGAAACCGCCUUCACCCGACUCGGGCCCAUCGAGGUCUCCGACUGCUUCGAGCGUAUCGUCGCUGGUAUCGCUGACGAGCACGACAUCCGUGUUUUGUGCAACCUCAUGUUGACCAAGCUGAUGGUCAUUGCGCCCGAUCAGGUGCACUCGCGUCUUGAGGCUAUUGCAUCGAACUUCCGUACUGUCUUGAUGGUGAAGCCCAAGGACAACGCAGUCAAGCAGGAGAUCGAGAAGAUCCAAGAAGGUGGCAAGGGUGUCCUCCGUGUCACUGUUUUGUUGAACAAGCAGUUGGGCACAGAAGGUACAGUUGGCCAGGAUGACCCACAGUCAAGGACUUGGGCGCAGUACUGGGAGUGGGUCACCAAGGAGCAUGGACUGCGCCUCAAGGAGGCUGUUGAUGAGCUCAAGGAGCGUGAUCGUUAAAGGAGCUUUUGUCAAUGAAGGAUAGAUAGGGAAGGUCAACAGCCUUACACAAAGCACGAAAGAACGCAAACGAACAGUUCAUGAUUUUGCCAGUUUGGCGUACAUAGCAGUCGCAUAGCGUGGACACCAAAAUCCAAAGCUCAAGAGGCUACAGAGGCCCAUACAAGCACAAAAUAGCUUGAUUUAUUCUAUGCCCGUCUGACCUUCAGUCUUCUCACUACUGCUACUUCUAUAGAUUACGCAUGCUCCUUGGCUAAGAUCGGCAGCCAAGGUGCGUCGUCAGCAUCAGCUCGACGGGGUCACUAGGCCAAACCUAUGUUAUCGAGAUGGUGGCAUAUGAUGCUACCCGGUGGUUGCUCAUCG